CUGUGCCCGGUCCUAGACUCUCGGGAACACGAGUAUAAAUCGUUCACAAAUCAAAAUAUAUGAAAUAACUGCCGCAUGUUCAUUCGCUAUAAUUUCUAUUAAUAAAAAUACGUCGAUGUAGCAAAUAAAACCGGAGAAAGUCCAACAACCGGACGGUACACAAGCGGAGGAUUACUGGCGAGCCGCACUGCGAAUGAUCAGCGACGCAAAGUUCCUCGACUCGUUGCUGCAUUUCGACAAGGACAACAUACCGGAGCCGGUGAUAGACACGAUACGGAAGAAGUACCUCACCAACCCGGACUUCGAUCCUGAGAAAAUAAGGAAAGUGUCGACGGCCUGCGAGGGAUUGUGCCGAUGGGUAUACGCCAUGUCCGAGUACGACAAAGUAGCGAAAGUGGUCGCGCCGAAGAAAAAAGCUCUGGCGGAAGCGCAGCAAAUUUACGAUACGGCAAUGAACACUCUAAAGACAAAGCGGGAGCAGCUUCGACAAGUACAGGAAAGGCUGAUGGCAUUAGAAGAACUUUUAGCGCAGAGGAAAGCGGCGUUUCAAGAAAUGUCGGACAAAGUAAGAGAUUGCGAGAUUAAAUUAAAACGCGCGGAGGAUUUGAUCGGUGGUUUGGGCGGAGAAUACACCCGCUGGUCAGAGUCUGCUAAAGCCUUAGGAGAAAGGUACCACCGAUUAAUGGGCGACGUCGUGAUCGCUUCCGGCGUGAUUGCUUAUCUGGGCCCGUUCACUAUGCCGUUUCGCAUCGAGCAAAUAGCUAUGUGGGUGCAACGGUGCAUCGACUUAAACGUGAUCUGCACCAAAGACUUUCAAUUGCGGGAUAUUCUCGGAGACCCUGCCCUAAUUAGGUCUUGGAAUAUCUUCGGGCUACCGAAAGACGCGUUCUCAGUCGACAACGGUAUCAUUAUCACGAAUGCGAGAAGAUGGCCACUGAUAAUCGAUCCCCAAGGCCAAGCUAACAGAUGGAUCAAAAAUAUGGAGAGGGAGAAUAAUUUGAAUAUCAUUCGACUGACUCAACUUGAUUAUGGUCGCGUGUUGGAGAACGCGUUGCAAUUCGGGCAACCAGUGCUUUUGGAACAUGUUACCGAGGAAUUAGACGCCGUACUUGAACCAAUUCUACUUAAAGAAACGUUCAGACAAGCUGGGGCACUUUGUAUCAAGUUCGGUGACACGAUCAUCGAGUACAAUACUAAUUUCAGAUUUUACAUCACUACGAGAUUAAGGAAUCCUCAUUAUUUACCAGAGGUGGCUGUUAAGGUAACGUUAUUGAAUUUCAUGAUCACACCGACUGGAUUGGAGGACCAGUUACUGGGUAUCGUCGUCGCAAAAGAAAGGCCUGACUUGGAGUCGGAAAAGAACGCAUUAAUCAUGCAGGGAGCUGCGAACAAAAAAUUACUGAAAGAGACAGAGGACAAAAUCUUGGAGAUACUAUCAAUAGCCGAGGGUAACAUUUUAGAAGACGAAGAAGCUGUGGAUGUUUUAACGUCCUCGAAGAAUCUAAGUAAUGAAAUUCAAAUAAAACAAGCGGCUGCUGAGCAAACGGAGAAGUCGAUCGACGAAGCCAGAUUACAAUAUACGCCAAUAGCUGUGUAUUCCACAGUCUUAUUUUUUACCAUCGCCACGCUGGUAAAUAUCGACCCGAUGUAUCAGUACUCGUUAACAUGGUUCGUAAAUCUAUUCGAACUAUCCAUCGACAAUACGGAACCGGCGGAAAGCGUUGAACAACGAUUAAAAGAUCUGAUGAAAUAUUUCACGUAUUCUCUUUACGCCAACGUGUGCAGAUCCUUAUUCGAGAAGGACAAACUAUUAUUUUCAUUACUGCUUGCUGUUAACUUGAUCGAGCAGCGAGGGAAGCUUUGCAUACCUCAAUGGACAUUUUUACUAACGGGCGGAAUCGCUAUAGACAAUCCGUAUGAAAAUCCGACUACCUGGCUACCUUCUAAACAAUGGAAUGAACUGUGUAAUUUAGACGAUGUCGAGGAUUUCUCGGGUAUUCGGAAAGAGUUCACGGAGAAGACAGAACAGUGGAGGGUUCUGUUCGAUUCGAAGGAACCGCAAAAUGAUGCGAUUCCUCCACCGUUUCAUAACGUCACAUUGUUCAAAAGACUGCUGAUAUUAAGAUGUAUUCGUCCUGAUAAAAUAAUCCCAGGAGUACAGAAUUUCGUCGAAGGGGAACUCGGUACGCAAUUUGUUGAUCCUCCACCGUUCGAUUUGGCCUCGUCGUAUGCAGACUCGAAUUGCUGCACUCCGUUGAUAUUUAUAUUGACUCCCGGCACUGAUCCGGCACAAUUGUUGCUCUCGUUUGCGGAUGAGCAAGGCUACAGUGCCACUCGCCUUAUUUAUCUCUCACUUGGUCAAGGACAAGGGCCAAUAGCUGAGGAAACGAUUCAAACAGCUGUACUAGUAGGCAAUUGGGUGGUCCUCCAGAAUUGUCAUUUGGCGAUCAGUUGGAUGAGCACUUUAGAAAAAAUUUGCGAAGGUCUAAUGCCUGACACUAUCCACUCGGAGUUUCGAUUAUGGUUAACGAGCUAUCCGUCGGAACACUUCCCUUCCUCGGUAUUAGAGAACAGCAUAAAAAUGACGAACGAGCCGCCGAAAGGUCUCAGGGCGAACAUAGUCAGAUCCUUCUCAGGCGACCCGAUCAACGAUCCCGAUUUCUUCGAAUCCUGCGGUCAAUCCGAGUACUUUAAGAAACUUCUUUAUUCCCUGUGCUUCUUUCACGCUGUGAUACAAGAGAGGAGACACUUCGGUCCGAUUGGCUGGAACAUUCGUUACGAGUUCAACGAGACUGAUCUUCGAAUCAGUGUUUUACAGCUGCAUCUCUUCCUGGAUCAGUUCGCAGACGUGCGAUUCGACGCUUUGAAGUAUUUAACUGGGGAAUGUAAUUAUGGUGGAAGAGUGACCGACAAUUGGGACCGCAGAACUCUGAUCACUAUCCUGGCGAAAUUUUAUCGCGAGGAGGUACUUACUGAGAAGCGUUAUUACUUCGACGACGCGUCGACGAUUUAUUAUUGCCCAACCGUGCGAGAACAUGAAGCGUACAUGGAGUAUACAAGGAGUUUACCGUUGAUUACUGAGCCAAGCGUUUUCGGUAUGAACGACAACGCGGAUAUUAUCAAAGAUCAACACGAGACGGAUCUCUUAUUCUCAUCUCUUUUACUAACUCAGGAUCGUGUGGAUUUAUGGCAGGAGAAAAUCAGGCCCGGAGCUGGCGAAAUCUCGCCUGACGAAAUAGUAUUGAAAAUGUCCGAUGAUAUCCUACAAAGAUUGCCAGUAGAAUACGACCUUAAAACAGCCCUUAAGAAAUACCCAACGUCCUACGAGCAAAGUAUGAACACCGUGCUGGUACAAGAAAUGGAACGAUUUAACAAACUCAAUACUGUCAUUAAAACCAGUCUGGAUAAUCUUAAACGAGCUAUCAAAGGUCUGAUUGUCAUGUCUUUCGAGCUGGAAGAUGUCUACGAUGCGAUUUUAACUAACAGAAUAGCACCUCUGUGGAAAGAAAAUUCAUACCCAUCGCUGAAACCGCUUGGCAGUUACGUGCACGAUUUUCUGGAACGCUUGCGAUUCCUUCAAGAUUGGUACGAUAAUGGACCACCGGUCAUGUUCUGGAUCUCAGGAUUCUACUUCACUCAAGCAUUUUUGACCGGAAGCCAACAGAAUUUUGCGAGGAAAUAUCAAAUCCCGAUAGAUCUCCUCGUUUUCGAUUUCUACGUACUGCCCGUCGAUACGGAGCCAAAGUCACCGCCCACAGAUGGGAUAUACAUAUACGGAUUGUUUUUAGAUGGUGCAAGAUUCAAUAGAACUCAUAUGGUAUUAGAUGAGAGUUUUCCAAAAGUGCUGUACGACAGUAUGUUACCUAUGUGGUUAUUGCCAAUGAAGAAAGAAGAUAUACCUGAAAGAAUGACGUAUUUAUGCCCUGUAUAUAAAACCAGUGAGAGACGUGGCGUUUUGUCGACCACAGGGCAUUCAACGAAUUUUGUCAUCGCCAUGACUUUGCCGACAACAAAACCGCCGGACCAUUGGAUCAUGAGAGGAGUUGCAUUACUUUGUCAGCUAGCCGAAUAAAAAUGAAGAUAAAUAGUAGCUAAAAAAUAUUACUUUCGAUGAAUGUACGCAUUAUAAAUAAAA